AUGCAGAGUCAUCACUCCAUGGAGACAAAACACAUGCAGAGUCUUCACUCCAUGGAGACAAGACACAUGCAGAGUCUUCACUACAUGGAGACAAGACACAUGCAGAGUCUUCACUCCACGGAGACAAGACACAUGCAGAGUCUUCACUCCACGGAGACAAGACACAUGCAGAGUCUUCACUCCACGGAGACAAGACACAUGCAGAGUCUUCACUCCACGGAGACAAGACACAUGCAGAGUCUUCACUCCACGGAGACAAGACACAUGCAGAGUCUUCACUCCAUGGAGACAAGACACAUGCAGAGUCUUCACUCCAUGGAGACAAGACACAUGCAGAGUCUUCACUCCACGGAGACAAGACACAUGCAGAGUCUUCACUCCACGGAGACAAGACACAUGCAGAGUCUUCACUCCAUGGAGACAAGACACAUGCAGAGUCUUCACUCCAUGGAGACAAGACACAUGCAGAGUCUUCACUCCAUGGAGACAAGACACAUGCAGAGUCAUCACUCCAUGGAGACAAGACACAUGCAGAGUCUUCAGUCCAUGGAGACAAAACACAUGCAGAGUCUUCACUCCAUGGAGACAAAACACAUGCAGAGUCAUCACUCCAUGGAGACAAGACACAUGCAGAGUCUUCACUCCAUGGAGACAAAACACAUGCAGUCUUCAGUCCAUCGAGACAAGACACAUGCAGAGUCAUCACUCCAUGGAGACAAAACACAUGCAGAGUCAUGA